CAACCACCAAAACCUCCACCUCGUCGCCGUUGCCAGCCUCCCGUGCACCACCGAGCCGCAUGCUGCCUUAUUGAGGUGGCGGUGGAGGUGGUAGUAGCGUUGGUGGCGGCGGCGGCCGAUGGACGUCGGUGGGACUCCGGCAGGCAAACGGAGGGUUAUGGUCAUCGCCGACCCUGGCCGGGAGUCGGCCAGCGCGCUCGAGUGGGCCCUCUACCAUGCGGUGCUCGAGCACGACGAGAUCAUCCUCCUCCAUGUCGAGCCUCCCAACGCCCGGCGCGGCGCCUUCUCGACGUUUCUCCGCCGACCUUCGUCUGUGGCCCCCAGCUUCCCCGCCGGUUCUGCUGCCGGCUCCGCCGAGGGCGGGGGGGACUACGAAUUCCUUGAUGCGAUGAAGGCGGCGUGCAAGGCGGCGCAACCAAAGGUGAAGGUGCAGAUUGAGAGGGUGGAGAUGGAGGCUAAGGACAAGGCCACGACUAUUCUCAUGCAGACCAAGCUGCUCAGGGUUGAUCUCCUCGUCAUUGGCCAGCGUCGCACCCAGUCAACUUUCUUGGGGUACAAGCUAAGUGGAAGGACUGGAAGCACGUUGAAUAAAGGGAUGGUCGACCUUGCGGAGUUCCUGAUCGAAAACAGCAAGUGUUUGUGCGUUGGAGUUCAAAAGAAGGGUCAAAACGCAGGCUACCUCCUAAACACCAAGACCCAUAAGAACUUCUGGCUUCUUGCUUAGAUGCAGCCCCUCUCUCUUCGAUCUCCCUCCCUCUCCUUUCUUGGUUAAGAACUGAAUGGUCUUUUGAUGUAUGAUUUGGUGGCCCUUGCCAGAGAAAUGUACAUAUAUGUUGAUGGGCAUCUUUAAGUUAAGAUGACGUCAAUAAGCAAAGGGGAAAAAAAGAACAACAACAACAACAAAAAAAAAGAAAACCAUGUAUAGGAAACUUGGAGAUCUUGUGAGGCCAAGGUUUAAAUAUUGUUUGCGUCUGUCCCUAACUUACUUCCUUGUAAAAAUGUUAUAUUGUUCUAUCUUUAUUCCAUCAGUUGGCAUGUAAUCAGCCUAAUAUGUA